AUGUGCGUUGUAGGAUUGGAUAAUGCAGGUAAAACUACAAUCCUAAAGGCAUUAUCUAAUGAGGAAAUUCAGUACGUUAUGCCUACAUAAGGUUUCAAUAUAAAAUCUUUGUAAUAAGGCAAUUUCAAAUUUGAAGCUUGGGACUUAGGUGGAUAAAAAGCAAUUCGUUAGCACUGGAAGAACUAUUAUGAUAAGAUUGAUUGUUUAGAAGAUAAAUUAGCUGGCUUACCCAUGCUGAUAUUUGCAAAUAAAUAAGAUUUGAUAUCUGCUCUACCAGCUGAAGAAAUUGAAGAAAUUUUGAAUCUUGAUAUGAUAAAUGACAGAGCUUGGACUAUUUGUGCAUGUAGUGCGAAAGAAGGUGAAGGAUUUGUCCCUUUCUGGGGCUUUUCACCCUCUAUCAAUUUCUUGACAGGAACUCCUCAUAAGUUAGACUAGGAUGAGGAACUAAAUGUAUUAAUAUCUGAGUGUUCAGAUAUAAGGCAUACUCUAAGAACAUUGGCAGAAUCAUUACCCUUAUAAUAGAAUAGACAAAAUACUUUAAAUAUCUAUAUUCACGAUAAGCAAAAAGAGAAUCUCUGCAGAGCAGUGUUAUUCCUUACUAUAAUUUGUGAGUGUUAAUUAUCACAACGUGAGAGAUAGGAAUUAUUCCUAGAUCUCUAUGGUAAUACCUUACUUAGAGAUAAGACUGCUAACUACCUUGAGACUAUUACCAAAGAAUUAAUCAUGUUAGUGACAGAGGACUCAAGAGGUAAGAGUGUGAUCAAAGAUCUAAUAAAUUUUGAAACAUUGAACUUCAAGGAUAGAGAUGAAAUGGAAGAUAUAUUCAAUUCAUACCUAAAGAGAAAUCCAUUUGAAAUUGAAAAGCUCAGAGACUAGAGACUAAGACAUCACUUCCAAGACAGAUAUGAUUUCAGAAGAAAUGCAGUUGAUUGGGAUUAUUAAUUCUACAUUAAAGAUAAAAUUCCACACUGCAAUAUAACAGAGUAUAAAGAUUGGAGAAUGAAUGGCAUCGCUUAUGAGACUAGAUUGGUAUAAAAUUCUAUCCCGAAUCGUACACUCGGUGCUUAUAUUCCAGGCAAAAAGAAAAAAACUGGAGAUAGCAUUUUAGUAAGAGGGUUCUGGGGAGAUAUUAUAAAUUCCCCUUAUAUUCCACUGGGUGCCGAGAUUGAAAGUGCUGAGGACAGAGAAAAGUUUUUCAAGAAAAUUAACUUCCAAAGAAUUUAUGUAUAAUUUUAAUUACAUAUAAUAGUACUACAGAUGUGCAGUGAUAUUUGUGCUUACAGUAUUGGAAAGUAUAUGCAUUAACUUGAAAAAUUAACUAAAUUUGAGUAUCCAUUUGAGAGACUGAAACAUAUCGAAGAUCAAUAUAAGGAAGAGAAGAAAGAAGAUGAAAAGGAAGAGGAAGAGAAGAAACUUGAGGAUAUUAAGGAAGAAGAUGAAAACUAGCAAGAUGAAGAAUAUAAAUAAGAAGAGGAAAAGAAGCAAUUGUUGGAGGACGAGUAACAAUUAGAAGGAGAGGAAAACAAAGAUGAUACUACUAAUGAAUAAAUAGAAUAAAAUGCUAAAAAUCUGGUAAAAGAACUAUAAAAACCAUAAAAAACGAUUGAUUUGAGUGCAAUUAGUGAAGAAAUCUCUGAUACAAUCUCUACACAAGCCUCAGAAACUCAACAAAGACAUUUACUAGAAGGAUUUUCUUAAGCAAAAGUAAAAAUUCAUUUCUUGAGUGGAAGCAUCGAUAAGCUAUAUUUGAAAAAGAAAUACAAGAAUCUAUUUGACAUUGGUGUUUUGAGCAUUCACUCUGCAAACAACAUUAAGGAGGACAUGUCAAUUCUUUUUAAAGACCAAGCUAAAGUACAUGUGGAGACUGCUGAUUACUUAGCUGUAUUUAAACCAGAGCAAAAGGAGGAAUUCAGGGUGAAGCUUAGAGAAAAAGCAAAAGAAGCAAAAUGGACAUUACAAAAGGAAAAUCCCUUCAAUCAUCAUCUUCUAUUAACUGUUCAUCAUCAUGUUAAAGAAUUGAGAUUCAUUUUCUGCUAAACCUCAGCUCAAAGUGCUGGUGCAAGAAACUAUGUACAAAAGAAUUAUGAACAAAUAAAGGAGUUCAACCCAGAACUACCAUUCAUAGUAAGAGAAUGCAAAAAUGCUCAGCCAACUGUGAUGGCAAGAUAUGACUACGGAGUUGAGAGAAGAGUUUAUCUUCCAAAUGCAAAUGAGCAAGAAAUAGAUAAUGUUGUGAGAGAGCUAGUUGAGCAAGCAAAGCAAAUUAAUGCUGCUAUUCCAAACAGAUUUUGA